AUGGAUAGAUAUGACUAUAGCACACAGUCACCUCUCCUUGGACAAGGUACUGAUGGAGUAGUUCGUCUAGCUCGCAACAGAGUCACUGGAGCCAUGGUUGCAGUGAAGAAGCUCUCAAGCAAACAUGAUGCAGCCGACAUGAUGUGGGAGUGCGCAACUCUCCGGGCAUGCCAGCACAAGAACAUCAUCCAUCUGCACUCUAAGCUCGUGACCGAGCAAGGCCUUUUCAUGGUGUUUGAGCUCAUGGACGAGGACUUGUUCUCGUACAUAUGGGACGUGAGAGAGAGAGAAGGGAAAAUCCCAGAGGUUGCGGUGAGGUCCAUUAUGAAGCAGAUCCUGGAAGCCCUCGCCUUUGUUCAUUCUAAAGGCCUAAUCCAUAGAGACGUCAAGAGCUCUAACGUUUUAAUCAACCACAACAAGAAUCUUAACAACAGCGUUGUGAUCAAGCUCAUUGAUUUCUCUCGUGUAUGCUUUGCGAGUGCGGGCAGUUGUGAGAACAUGGGAAAUGUAUAUUACAGAGCUCCAGAGCUUCUCUUGGGUGGUGAGAAGUAUAUUUAUGGCCGGGAGAUUGAUAUAUGGGCGGCCGGAUGCAUCUUCCUUGAGUUACUAACGGGAUUCCCUUUUGGCGAUGACGAUGGAAACUUCCCUCCAAACAGUGAACUCGACGUGAUGAACAGUAUCGUGAAAUGGAUUGGACCAGUGGACGAGACGACUUGGAAAGGAGUGAACAAGCUUGAAAAUUAUAACACGUACAAAUCAAGCUUUCCAAGGAAUCCAUCAAACUUGCUACAGUCUAGGCUUGGGGACUCACCUGCGUAUGAUCUGCUUAGGAAGAUGUUGUGUUUGAAUCCCAGGGAGAGGAUCACUGCUAAAGAGGCAUUGGAGUCAGAUUAUUUUAAAACUAGUGUAUGGUCUCGGGUUUCUAAGUUUCUUUACUCUAUCUUUUGUACAACACUCAACCUCUUUGCAUAA